AUGCCACAGUUAAACACAAUGAUGUUUUUAAAUCAAUACGGGUGUACUUUUUUUUUGUUUUUUGUUCUUUUAUUUUUUUUUUUGUUAAUCCUUUUACCCCAAGUAAAAAAAAACUUUUUUUUUAGAAAAAAAAUAAGUACAAAGGGGUUUUUAAAAGAGUCUCUUUUAAUAAAAGAAGUUGUUUUUAUUUGAUUAUAA